AUGGCUAAAGGCUUCUACAUCAGUAAGACCCUGGGGGUGGUGGCUUUGAUUCUGGGAGUGGGGGCCAUAGCUGCCCUCAUUGCCCUGUCAGUGGUCUACACCCAAGAAAAAUCAAAAAAUGAGGUAAAGCCCACUGAUGGUGCUACCAAUGUUCCUACUACUGGUCUCACCCUGACCACCCUGACUCCAGCACCCUCAAAUGACCCCUGGGACCAGUACAGGCUCCCGGACACACUGAGGCCUGAGUACUACAACGUGACCCUGUGGCCCAGGCUGAGCGUGGACCAGAACGGCAUGUUCAUCUUCACCGGGAGCUCCAGCGUGGUCUUCACCUGCGUGAAGGAGACGGACCUGAUCCUCAUCCACUCCAACAAGCUCAACCUCACCACCUUCGACAUGGCCAGGUUGACCGCUGUUGGCCCUGCCGCCGUGCCGACCGUGGAGACCACCUGGCUCCAGACGGAGACGCAGUACCUGGUGGUGCAGCUCAGUGGCAUGCUGACUGUGGGACAGGCCUACCAGCUGGACACCGAGUUUCAGGGGGAGCUGGCCGAUGACCUCGGAGGCUUCUACAGGAGCGAGUAUGUCGAGGAUGGAGUCAAAAAAGUGGUAGCCACGACUCAGAUGCAGGCCACGGAUGCCAGGAAGGCCUUCCCUUGCUUUGAUGAGCCGGCGAUGAAAGCAGUCUUCUACAUCACACUGAUCCACGAGCCUGGGACCGUGGCUCUGUCUAACGGCAUGGAUAAGGAGAUGGUGAACACCACCAUAGAUGGCAUUGCAGUGAUUAGGACCACAUUUGAGCCAACACCGAGAAUGUCCACCUACCUUCUGGCUUUCAUUGUGUCAGACUUCACAUUUAUAGAGUCUAUGGAGAAAGACGUUUUGAUUCGAGUAUGGGCUCGCAGAAAGGCCAUCGAGGAAGGCCAGGGAGAAUAUGCCCUUAAUGUGACAGGGCCAAUCCUAAAGUUUUUUGAAAGCUACUACAAUGCCACUUACCCCCUCACUAAAUCAGAUCAGAUUGCCCUGCCAGACUUCAAUGCCGGGGCCAUGGAGAACUGGGGUCUUAUUACAUACCGAGAGACAGCUCUGCUCUACGAUGCAACAAGGUCCUCCAACGGAGACAAAGAGACCAUUGCCACCAUCAUUUCUCAUGAACUGGCUCAUAUGUGGUUCGGAAAUCUUGUGACGACGAAGUGGUGGAAUGACCUGUGGUUGAACGAAGGAUUCGCCACCUACGUCUCAUACCUGGGGGCAAACGACGCUGAGCCAGAAUGGGGCGUGAAAGACCUGAUGGUUCUGUAUGACGUCCACAGUGUGUUUGCAGUCGAUGCCCUAGCCUCUUCUCACCCUCUCUCCUUCAGAGAGGAGGAGAUCAAUAAGCCAGCGCAGAUCAACGAGCUAUUUGAUGGCAUUACCUACAGCAAGGGGGCGUCGGUGCUGAGGAUGCUCUCUAACUUCCUGUCAGAGGCAGUGUUCGUCAAAGGACUCCAAACCUACCUGAACCAGUUUGCGUUCAAUAACACCGUAUACACAGACCUCUGGAAUCACCUUCAACAAGCAGUGGACAGCACUCCCAGCCUGUCUCUCCCGCACAGCGUGAACGACAUAAUGAACCGCUGGAUCCUCCAGAUGGGCUUCCCUGUUGUCACCAUCGACACUCGCACAGGGGAGCUCUCCCAGAAGCACUUCCUCCUCGACCCGGAGUCCGUAGUUGAUAGGCCGUCAGAAUUCAACUAUGAGUGGUACGUUCCCGUAACCUGGACCAUGAUGGGUAUUCCACAGGAAUCAUUCUGGCUACUGCAGAAAACAGCAAUCCACGGACCAUUGAAAAUCACUGGGCCAGGGUGGGUACUGGCCAAUAUCAAUGUCACUGGCUACUACAGAGUGAACUAUGACAUCAGCAAUUGGGAACGCCUCCUCGCGCAACUCAGCUCAGACCACCAAAUGGUUCCUGUCAUCAACAGAGCCCAGAUUAUUGAUGAUGCUUUUAACCUUGCUAGGGCAGAAAUGGUAGCCACAACUUUGGCUCUGAGAACAACCAAGUAUCUCUCCCAAGAAAGAGAUUUCAUGCCAUGGGAGUCAGCCAUCGGCAACCUAGACUACUUCUUUCUCAUGUUCGACCGCAGUGAGGUCUACGGCCCCAUGCAGACUUACCUCAAGAACCAAGUCAGAGAUCUCUUCAUGUAUUACAAGAAUAUUACUUCAGACUGGACUGAACUACCCACUGGACACACUGAACAGUAUAACCAGGUGAAUGCUAUCUGGUUGGCCUGCAGCACAGGAGUGGAGGGUUGCCAGGAACUGACCGUAAAUUGGUAUCGUCAAUGGAUGAAUAACCCAGCCAAUAACCUGAUUGCACCCAACCUGAGGACGACGGUGUACUGCAGCGCCAUCGCAGCAGGGGGCGCUGAAGAGUGGGACUUUGGCUGGGAGAUGUUUAUGAGCGCCACCAUCGCCACCGAGGCGGAUAAGCUGCUGUCGGCCCUGGCCUGCACCAGGGAGCCCUGGCUGCUGAAGAGGUACCUGGAAUACACUCUGGACCCAAAUAAAAUUCGGAAGCAGGAUGCCACCUUCACCAUCAUGUACAUCGCUGGAAAUGUGGUGGGACAGACAAUGGCCUGGGACUUUAUCAGAGAGAGAUGGGAGUACAUUUUCACACAGUAUGGUGGUGGCUCUUUCUCGUUCUCCAAUCUUAUUGAUGGAGUCACCCAGAGGUUCUCUACAGAGUUUGAGCUGAAUCAGCUGAGGAGGUUUAAAGAGGACAAUGCGCAAAUAGGCUUUGGCUCAGGGGCACUGGCACUGGAGCAGGCCAUCGAGAGGACCGUGGCCAACAUCAAAUGGGUGGCGGAGAACAAGGACCCUGUGAUGAACUGGUUCCUCAGCGAAAUCCCAGCUCAGGAAACGACAAGCCGCAGCCUGCAUCGGCUGCAGCGCACUUCCCUGAGGAGGCCUUAA